UGAGAGUACGAGAGAUGCCGGAAUACUGUGUGACCGGCGGCACCGGCUUCAUCGCAGCAUACCUCAUCAAAUCUCUCCUCCAACAAGGUCAUACCGUUCGUACCACCGUCAGAGAUCCAGAAAAUGUCGAAAAAGUCGGCUACCUCUGGGAGCUUAAAGGAGCUCAUGAUCAGCUAAAGCUUAUGAAGGCCGAUCUCAUGGUCGAAGGAAGUUUUGAUCAGGCUGUGGAUGGUGUUGAUGGGGUUUUCCACACUGCAUCUCCGGUGCUUGUCCCAUACGACGACAAUAUCCAGGAAACACUAAUUGAUCCAUGCAUAAAGGGCACCAUGAAUGUGCUGAGCUCAUGCAAGAAAGCAAAAAGUGUGAAAAGGGUAGUUCUCACCUCAUCAUGCUCUUCAAUAAGAUACCGUUAUGACGUUCAACAAGUUUCUCCUCUUAAUGAAUCACAUUGGAGCGAAACCGAAUACUGCAAAAAGUACAAUCUUUGGUAUGCAUACGCAAAGACAAUAGCAGAGAAAGAUGCAUGGAGUGUAGCAAAGGAAAGCGGGAUUGAUUUAGUUGUUGUGAACCCUUCUUUCGUGGUGGGCCCAUUGCUCGCACCGCAACCAACAAGUACACUUCAAAUGAUACUUGCCUACGUUACAGGGGCGGUAGGAGAAUACUCGAAUACAACAGUAGGAUUUGUACACAUAGAUGACGUGGUGGCUGCUCAUAUUUUAGCAAUGGAAGAAAAAAAGGCCGCGGGCAGACUCAUAUGUUCGAGCACAGUGGCUCACUGGUCUGAGAUCAUAAAGAUGCUUAAAUCAAAAUACCCAUCUUAUCCCUAUGUAGACAAAUGUAGCAGCCGAAAAGGUGAUGACAGCCCACAUAGUAUGGACAACAGCAAGAUAUUACAACUGGGGCUGCCUCCAUUGAAAACGCUCGAGCAAAUGUUUGAUGACUGCAUCAUAAGUUUCCAGAAGAAGGGAUUUCUGCGAGUUUCAUCAUAAUCAAAUAAAGUAAUAAUUUCCUAGAGCAUUGUAUUGUUCUUGGUUUAUUUAGAGUCGCAGAAUCUUGCUAUUCUAUAUAAAGACGCUUAUAUUCAAGAACAUUAAAGGCUGAUAUUACUAGAACUGCCUAAAGUUAAAUCAUGAAAAGGGUUUCCUGAAAGAUUGUUUUGGCUCCUAAAAUUAUUGAAAUUGUUUUGGCUCCUAAAAUUAUUGAAACAACUCUUUCUUUCUAAUAGAUCAUUCUCUAACUUAACUGAUCUUCUUGGAUAAAAAUAAAAGGACGGAUAAGAAGGUAAGGUA